AUGGUCGACGUCACCGAAGGCGAAGGGCUCCGUGAAAGGCUGGGCGUGACUGAAAUGGUUGGAGUGACUGAAGGCGAGGGACUCAGCGAAGUGCUAGGAGUGACGCUGGGCGUGACCGAGAUGGUAGGGGUCACCGAGGGGGAAGGGCUCAGUGAGACACUGGGAGUGAUGCUGGGCGUGACCGAUAUGGUCGGGAUACUGGGAGUGACGCUGGGCGUGACUGAGAUGGUCGGGGUCACUGAAGGCGAAGGGCUCAGCGAGAUGCUGGGAGUGACACUGGGCGUGACCGAAAUGGUCGGGGUCACCGAAGGCGAGGGACUCAGCGAGAUGCUGGGAGUGACGCUGGGCGUGACUGAGAUGGUCGGAGUCACCGAGGGCGACGGACUCAGCGACGACGAAGGCGAAGGACUCGUUGUCGGGGCGAUACUCGCCGCAGAGGUGGUUGUAGAGGCAGAGGAGGAGGCAGAUGUAGAUGUAGAUGUAGAUUUGACAUGGAACGGAUACACGCACAAUGCUACACGGGGGGGAGCGGACUCACCAGAGGGGGAGACGUUGGGCGACAGUGAAGGGGUCGAUGAAAGAGUGGCCAACGGUGAGGUGCUUGGUGUAGUUGAGGGUGCAAGGCUCGCAGAUGGAGAGAUGCUCGUCGUUCCGGUCGGACUCGGGGUUGGGUUGGAGGUGGAUGACGCCGUCGGAGUGCUAGAGACCGUCGGGCUCGAAGAAGGGCUGGAACCCAAAGAAGGCGAUGAUGUCGAAGAGACAGAAGGGAAGGCCGUGGGCGACGGCGAGCGCGAUGGGAAUGGUGAUACCAAGGCCGGCGAAGGAGACGGCGAGGCGCCCAGCGACGGCAAGGCUGAUCCUGAAGGCGAGGGGAAGGGCGAGCGCGAGCCGGAUGCUGACAGCGUGGGACUGGCGGAAGCCGAAAAGCCGGGAGAUCGCGAGGGCGUCGCUGACCUGGACGGCGCUGCCGACGACGAGGGACUGCGCGAAGGGAACGGCGUGAUGAAAGGCACCGACGGCGUGGCCGAAGCAAAACCAGGAGAAGGCGAGCCCGUAUGCGAAGGAGAGCGGGAGAUAACAGGAGACGCCGAGCGCAUCCCAACGGGAGACCUGGAAGGCGAGCGCGAGGGGAACGUGCUGAUGAGCGCCAAGCCACGGUUGAAGGCUUUAAGGGUGUCGUGCUGGCGCCACACGCCGGCGUCCCAAGCCCCGCGAGCCAGGCGGCACUCGCCGGCGGGAUCGGAGAGGCGCAGGGCCAAGAUGACGGCUGCCAACGCAGAAUUCACCUUACAAGAGUCGCAUGUUGAGAAGGGACGCUAUCACCUCAGCGCGCACGCGAGCAGACUGUACGUCGAGCUCUUGGCUCGCUUGUUCGUGGUCGCUGUCGAUGACGUCCACGGCGCGCCGCAGGACGUCGUACAUGUCGCCGCAGGCGCCAAACUGCAACGCUUCGGAGGAAGGAGCGGCCACGGAGUGCCCUGCAGCGAGGAAUGCUGCAGCCAGUGGUGCGGAUCAAAGGGACCCUCGGCCAUGGAUGGUGCAUGGGCGGCCGACGGGGUCAACCACACCGCCAACAGGACCAGGCCGGCCACGGCGGUCCGGUCGAACGGCGCCACGGUCGACGAGAUCACGUUCCGGGCCACGCUGGCCAACGGCGCCGAGGUGGCCAUCGCCUACGUGCUCUCGCCCGAUUCGGCCUUCACCCAGCCGUGGGGCGAGAUCGCGGUCACAGUGCCGCGCAACCACCUCAAGUACACCUUCAACGCCCGCCGGUGGCCCUUUGCCGGCGCGGCCCACCGCCUGCGGCUCGCGAUGAGCCUGGCCUCCCACCCCCUGGUGGGCUCGGCCGACCGCGUCGACGACGCCGCGGCGGCCACGUCCAGCCUGAGCCUACACGUGGCCAACUCCACUGCUGACGUCAGCGUGGGCCUGUACGGCUUCGCCCUGGUCUACAGCGCGCAGGAGGCCGAUGACUCGCUGACGGCGCCCACCGGCGCCCAUCGCUCGUCCAACGUCACCGCGAGCCUGUCGGCCGACUUUGGCUCCAUUCUGGUCGAUUUCCCGUCGUUCGACGCCGCGACCGAGGUCCUGUC